AUGGGUCUUAGAGGUGUGCAGCUUGGCCUCAGAGCCUGGGAGUUCAUAUGGUCCCUGCUCAUCAUGGCCCUCGUCGGUAAUAUGAUCGCUGAAGCUUUCGCCGGGAACCCUGGGACCGUAAACUAUGCGAUCUACACAUCGGUCUUUUCAAUGUUCACGCUAUUCUACCUGGUCCCGGCCACGUUCAAUCUCGACUGGGCCAUCCACCCGAUCAUCAUGAUCGUCGUCGACUUGCUUAACUGCCUUUUCUUCUUCUGCGCUGCCAUCGCGCUCGCUGCGAAGUUGGAGUGCCACUCUUGCAGCAACCACGAGUACCUUAUUCACAACGAGAUUACCAAUGGCUCACACAACAUGUCUAAGCGCUGCCGUGAGGCCCAGGCCUCUGUUGCUUUCCUUUGGUUCGGCUGGGCGUGCUACAUGGCCUCCGUCAUUGUCUCCCUGUUCAUGUCCCGCUCUGGUACCCCCUCCUCGCGCCGCAGCCGUGCCAACAGCCGCCGGGCUCCCAACAUGACCCAGGUUUAA